AUGCCACCUAGGGUCCAGAACAAGGAUAUAUCUAGCGAUGCCGACGUAAAGUCAGCACCAAACUCAAGGUCGGCUAAUAAGGCUCGAAAUGCCGUGGCCGUUGCUGCCCAACAAGAACUUUUAUCCAAACACAUACACUCUAAUGGCCCUCAUGAUAGGCCCAAGGUGGACCCGCUAGAUUUUUUAAAUCUUCCAAAGGAAGCCUUAGAAGCGUACAACCGCAAAUAUUCUUUGAAUCUUUUGCCAAUUCAGACGACUAACGAAGAUAUUUUGCGUUCAGAGAUCGGCAAGAAGACUUACACUUCGAAGAGGUCGGCUCAAAUGCUAAGGAUUUCAAAGCCAGAAGUUGCAUCUCAUUGCCAGAAGCACUUUUUAGGAGCCCCAUGCCGUGAAAAUGAGAUCAUUUCAAGUUUUUUGUACAAGGUUAGAAACGAAGACAAAGAAUUCAAGCUCAGCUUCUGA